AUGGAUACGGCCAAUCCGCCGGGGAUUCUAAACCCUCUGGAGGAUAGAUCGGUAAUCAUGGGGGAAGAUAAGAAGGAAUCAACCGUGGAGAAACAAGAGAGGAGCUCGAUUUUGACGGAAGAGAAGAGCUGGGUUUCGGCGGCUCAGGAUAAGAAAAGUUUGAGGAAGUAUGAGGUAGAGAUAUCAACACAGGAUGGGAAGAACAAGGUGGUGAUACCAGAUGAGGUCCUUGCGAAUUCAACGCCGCUGUGGGAUGAUUUUAUCGUCGGGAAGUUUCUGGAUCUCGCUCCUCACAUGGCAAAGGUUCAUAUGGUGGUGAACAAGAUAUGGAAGUAUGGAGAGUUAGAAUCGAAGGUGGAUGUUUAUGAUGUAAAUGCGACAAUGAUGAGAUUUAGGAUCUCAAAUCCUAAAGCUCGCGAAAAGAUCCUAAAAAGGGGUAUGUGGAACAUUGCUGGAGUUCCCAUGGUGGUGACAAAGUGGACUCCAAAGACGGAGGAAGAGAAGCAGGAGGAGACUGCGAUUCCUAUGUUGAUUCAUUUGAGGAAGGUGCCAUUGCACAUGUAUUCUUGGCAAGGUCUUAGUUUCAUGACUAGCACCGUGGGGUUUCCUGAUCGACUGCAUCCUGAGACGAUUGCAUGUACUAAUCUUGAGGAAGCAAAAGUUUUUGUGAAUGUUGAUGUCUCUAAGCCUUUGCCCAAAGAAAUCGACUUCACUAAGGAGGGGAAGGAGUUCGCGGUGGAAUUUCACUACCCUUGGUUCCCAUCAAAAUGCAAUCUAUGGAGCAAGUGGGGUCAUACUGAGAAGGUAUGCGUUAUGAAUGGAAAAGAGAAGAGAAGAAAGGAAGCUCCACAAGAGCUAAGGGAUGCUAGUGGGGCUAAAACUGUCGCGCAACACUCUCCUAUUGAGGAAGGUAAACAGGAGAUAGUUCCCACUGUGAAGAGUCCCCAGAUAGUGGAAAAUGAUAAAUUGGAGGAAGAUGCAGUAAGUGUUCAGAAGGAAAGCAAAGUAUCAAACUGGUCAUUGGUCUCUCCAACGAAAGUAGGGAGGUCUCAAUCACCGCAGGGACACGCUCCUGAAGUACAGAUAUCUGCUUCAAAGUUCUCGGUACUCAGUGUGGAUGUAUCAGAAGAGGUAGAGGAAGGAGAAUUUUUAGUGGAGGAUCAGGAGGAUAAUGAGGAAGAGGAACUGGAGAUUAGUGAAAAGACAAAAGAUUUGGAAGAAGAUCAGAUAGAAGAUGACAUAUUAGCUCAACAAAGUAGAGGCAAGGAUAAGGUGGGUGCUCCGAGAGGGAGGAGAAGAGGUCAGAAGGCAAAAGCUCUGGAUGCAAAUCCAUUAAAGAUCAAGGAGUGGAUUCGAAACAAAGAUAUGAAGUUUGGUUGUCUGCUAGAAACAAGGAUUAAAGAAAGGAAUGCAGAGAGAAUUAUGAAGGAGGUAGAAGAAAGAAAAGAGCUGUGGGAGGAUCUUUGUAAUCACCAUAACUCUGCUAUGUUCAAAAAUAAGGAGUGGGUGAUAAUGAGAGAUUUCAAUAAGAUUUUGGAUGGUGAAAAGAAUUCGAGGUUUGAAAGGUUGAGAACACUGCCUAGAGGGUUUCUUCCAAUGGUGGAGGAGUAUUGGAAAACCACUAAGACUCUCUUUCAUUCCACUUCAGCAAUGUACAGAUUCUCUAAGAAGUUGAAGCAGCUGAAGCCGAUGAUCAGAGAAUUGGGUCGAAAUGGGUUGGGGAAUUUAACUAAAAGAACUAAGGAGGCAUAUGAGAAGCUUUGCGAUAAACAGAGGAGUACGCUUGCUAAUCCGGGUGAAGUAGCAACACAGAAAGAAGCUGAAGCCUACGAGAAGUGGCUGCAUGUAGCUAACCUUGAAGAGGACUUUCUAAAGCAGCCUGAGUAUCAAGGAGCUACGGAGGAUGAGCUAAAAGAUAACUUGGAUUUCAGAUGUAGUUUGGAGGAUUGUAGUAUGUUGGAGGCGGAAGUAACUAAGGAAGAGAUUCAUAAGGUUCUUUUUGCCAUGCCAGCUAGCAAAUCACCUGGUCCUGAUGGGUUUCCAUGCGAGUUCUUCAAAACUACAUGGUUUAUCAUUGGUCAUGACUUCACGGUAGCUAUUCAGUCGGUUUUCAAGUUUGGUUUUCUCCCUAAAGGGGUAAACUCCACGAUACUAGCUCUGAUCCCUAAGAAGACGGACUCUAUGGAGAUGAGGGAUUACAUGCCGAUUGUGCUGUAA